GGAAGGCAGUGAGGCCCAGACCCAGCCUGGGCUUCCCCGGGCGGAUCCCAGCCCCCUGCUGCCCGAGCACCAUUCAAGCGCGUCGGAUUGACUGAGCAAGUCUCCGAGGUGCUCCGCUCCAGCCCCUGAAGGCAGCGCCUGCAUCAUGACCCCCAGGCUUCUCCUGGCUGUCGCUCUCUGGGCCGGCUGUGCGCCCUGCGGUGGAAGGGAAGCAGGUCCCAGCCACCUCAGGGUGCAGUGCCGAGCCUUCAGGUACCCAAUCGCCGUAGACUGCUCCUGGACCCAGCCUCCAGCUCCAAACUCCACCAGGCCCACCUCCUUCAUCGCUACAUAUAGGCUCGGCAUGGCCGCCCAAGGGGAGAGCCGACCCUGCCUCCAGCCGACUCCGGAAACCCCCAGCUGUGCCAUCUCCGACGUCCAGAUGUUCUCCAGCGUGCCCUACGUCCUCAAUGUCACCGCCAUCCACCCCGGGGGCGUCAGCAGCACCCUCCUGCCCUUCAUUCCAGAGAACAUCAUCAAACCAGACCCUCCAGAGGGCGUCUGCCUGAGCCACAUCCUUGGGAAGCAGCUGCAGGUACAGUGGGAGCCCCCCCGGUCCUGGCCUGUCCCAGAGAUUUUCACACUCAAAUACUGGAUCCGCUACAAGCGUCACGGAUCUGCCCAUUUCCGGCAGGUGGGGCCCAUUGAAGACACGUCCUUCACCCUCAGGUCUGUGCGGCCGAGAGCUAAGUACUGCAUCCAGGUGGCUGCUCAGGACCUCCUGAACUACGGGGAACUGAGCGACUGGAGUCUCCCUGCCACUUUCCCCAUCACUCCGGGCGAGUAGUGAGGUCUUCCAGCAGCCCCGCAGAGGGACUGUGUCCCUGCCACCCAUUCCAGGUGUGAACGGGACCAGACUGGCCUGGGUUCAAGCCCUGGGUUUGCCACCACAUUGCUGGGCCACCUUGGAACAAUGACUGUAACCUCUCUGAGCCUCAGUUUCCUUAUCUGUGAAAUGAGGAUGUUCCCCCUCCUUUGACCAUGGUGCAGGGGUCUGUGAACUACGAAUAUGAGAUCGUCUUUAUUGUUUAAUUAAAAAAAGAAUAAUCAUUGUUGAAAUUGGGA